AUGGCUGAUAAUAUCACUAUCGUGAAAGAUUUAUUUCCUAAGUUCUCCGAUGAAAAGAUUCAAGAUGCUUUGGACAGCGCACAAGGUGAUGUGAAUACUGCUUGUACAAUGCUUCUCAGCGAACAAGAAGCUAUAAACAGUAUGAAUUGUUCGACCGAAACACCUGAAAAAAUGGAUAGCCUUGAAAGCCCUGGGAUGCGCUUCACAAAAUCGUCACCAGUGAAUCUACGUACUAGGCUAAAGAAACCGGCUCUCUCAUUCGGUAGUCCGAAAUCAUCUCGACUCAACCUCCAAGAAAUUGAUUCUAAGGAGAAAGUUUGGGCGGCAUCGUCUAAUGAAAUCAACAAAAUCAUACAGCUCACAAAUGUCUCGGAGAAAAUGGCGAGAAACGCCUACUAUUUGAAUUCUUUCAAUUUUGCGAAGGCUGUAAUAGAUCUCAUCAUAGAGUUCGACAAAUAUCUUACGAGAUACGGUUUUGACGACUUAAAUUGGCAUCAAACUACUACACCUCAAAAUUUGACAAACUUAGGAGGUAAAGUUCAAUCUGGACAAGGUCCAGCUCAUCUCAAAACCCGACAGAGUAAAAGUGAGACGAAUGAAAAGAGUGUCCGCUUUAAACUAUCCAAGCCAUCUUCUCAGAAACAUACGUCAAGUUAUAAAUAUGACGAAUGGAGCUCAGAGGCGCAGGAGCUGAAAAACCUCGUUUCAAGUAAUGACAGCCUGCGAAGUAUUAGUCCCGACUUUUUGAAAGCCUCUCUAGAAUUUUUCGAAGGUGAUGUAAUAAAAACUAUCAUUGUAGCGCAGCAUAUUAGUCAAAAUGGUUCUACAAAAUUUACUUUUUUAAAUCUCUCAUCUUCUCGCAAAAGCGAGGAACAAGAUAUUACAAACAAUAUUGGCUUGCCUCUUCCUCAAAAGAAAGUAGCCACCAAGAAUGAUGGUGGGUUGGCAAAACCUAUGUUUCUCUCAGAUCAAAAUUACACAAAGACGGCAAAUACCCCAAGGUCCAUUCAUACGAGGCCAAGCAUCGAUUUACAUGGCUACUUCCCAGAUGAAGCAGUUAUAACAGCAGAAGCUUGCCUCGAUGAGUGGUGGAAUGAAGAGUUGCACGAAAGAGAACUCAACAAGCAAAAUCUUAAACAAAUUAAAGCCAUGAAUGUCCCCGCCUUUAAGAUCACGACAGGAAGAGGUUUACACAGUGUAGGGGGUUAUUCUAAAGUGCGACAAAGAAUCAAAAUGUUUUUAGAUGCCAACUCCUAUGUUUAUAUAGAAGAACCAUCUUUUUUUGUUAUCGAGGGAAGGCGGCGUUUCCAUAGGAUAUAG